GGGCUCCUAGUCAGCCGACCAGACCACCUCCCCAUGACCUAACUCAAUCGAUCUCCCCACUCCUCUACCCAACACUGACUACAGUCAGCCGACAGGUUCCCACUCCUUCGACUACUUCGAGUGCUGCAGCUACCCCGGCGUCCAUUCCCCGAUGAUUUUCUCUUCGCUUCGAGUUUCCGAGGAGCAGUAAUCGUUAUGGAUCACAUGGAUGACAAGACAGUGACGAUAUACAAGCAGGGGUAGCUUCUUAUGGUUCCUUCAGAUUCAGAAAAAAAGAAUCAAUGGCAUGUAAGUGGGACAAGUGCAAGCCUCUUUUUGUAAAUGGAGUGAUUCAGAGACCGUCAUCAGAGGUAUGGAAGAAUUUUAUACCACUAUAUGCUGAUGGGGCUGAUGGGAGAACGAAAAUCAUGGCUGCUGAAUGUGUCAAUUGCCAUGUGCGAUUCAAUGCACAUAGAAAAUUAAGUUACUUGAAACGGCAUAUUCGGACUUGUUCAGCACGAGGUAGAAGUAGAACCCGUAUAAAUCAAGAUGAGCUAUCACCUGUGUUGAUUAAUGUUGAGGUUCAGUUUUCAGAAUAUGGCAGCAACAGUAAGUUCCUCAAGUGCAGUUCUGGUGAUAGAACCCCUAUGGACCGAUGCGUUUCAGCUUCACCAGCACAAAAAAGAAUGGACCCCAAGAAGGACAGGAAUACGUCAUCAGCUCAGACUCUGCACAGUAUGAGCAGAAAAUUUGACCAAGAAGCAUCUUUUCAAGAGCUUUCUAAAAUGAUUAUUUUGCAUGGCCAUCCGCUGUCCAUUGUCGAGCAUGAAGAAAUGAGAAGUUUUGCAAAGAGCCUCAAUCCAGAAUUUAACAUGGCUUCAAGCAUUGAUGUAGAAGAAUAUUCAGCUAUUUUGUUCCAGAAAUUAAAGGCUGAUCUACAUCAAAAGAUCACUCAAUCCCAUCGGGUUUCCUUAUCAGCAAGUUUGUGUACUCCUCAUGGAUCUGAGUCCUCAGUGAAGUAUCUCUGCUUGUCAGUGCAUUUUGUUGAUUCAGACUGGAAACUUCAAAGGAGAAUCAUCAAAUUUGGUGCGUUUCGGACCUCAACCACUAAUUUGGAUCAGAUGAUACAUUUUAAGGAGGCUCCUGUACUAGAUUCUGAAAGCGGGCCAUUUGAUCUCAUAUCGGAAGCUAUAAGAGAUUGGAAUCUUGAUCAGAAGCUUUUAAGCUUGACAUCUGUUGGUGACAUUAGAAGCAAUGAGCGAUUUUCAAAGCUGAAGGACUUUCUUAACCAAAGGAGAUGCCUUCCUAUUGGAGUUAAACUGUAUAAUAUUGCUUGUGUUGAUGAUGUGCUCAACAGUAUUGUUUCAGAAGAACAACCAUUGCUGCAUGUUGUUAGUGACAUCCUAGAGAAAUUUAUUCAGGCACAUAUGUCCUCAUCUCCGAGUCAGCAGCAACUGAUGGAAGUUAUGACAAGUAUGACAUUGAAAUGUCCCCAUGAAGAUGUGAAACGGUGGCACAAAAUUUACUUUGGGCUUGAAGUUCUUGUGCAUUUCAAGAAGGCUUUUCCCUCUGAAGAAUUGUUAUCUGCAAAAGAUACUAAAACUGUUGAAUCAGUUUGCAACAUUUUGAGGGCUUUUUGCCAUGCUGUUGAAGUACUUUCUGGUCCUGUUUGUCCCACGGCAAAUAUUUACUUCAAUGAACUAUGGAUAAUUAGGACAACUUUGGAAGAAGAAGCAUCUACUGGUCAUACUGAACUUGCUAGCAUGGUUUGGAAGAUGCAAGAAGCAUUCGACGAGUAUUGGCAGAAUUCAUAUGUAUGGUUGUCAGCACCUGCUGUACUUGAUCCCAGAUUCAAACUUGCUUUUAUCGAAUUCCGCCUGAAACAAGCUUUUGGCACUGAUGCAGCAAAGCAUGUAUCUAUCAUACGUGAGCUGUUUCUGGAAUACUGCACUGCUGUAGAUGAGCCAAGUGCCGUCCAUUCAAAUUGUGACUCUUGUGAUGUUCAGGUGGGUGGAUUUUACAAGGAUUCAUUGAAAGUUUGGGAUGAUUAUGUUAGUGCACAGAGAAGGGGCCAAGUUUUCACAGAACUUAACAACUACCUCGAAGAUGGUGUUGUUCCGAGGAAAGAUGAUUUUGAUAUUCUCAACUGGUGGAUGAGUAAUUCUACAAAGUAUCCAAUCCUCUCGAUUAUGGCACGUGACAUCCUGGCAAUCCCUGCUUCUGCUGUUCAUUGCGAGGCAGCGUUAAGCAAUGAGGGACCUGUGAUUCAUAAGCAAUGGAGCACAUUAAAUAUCAAUACGAUCGAGGCUCUCGUAUGCAUCCGAGAUUGGAUUAAAUAGAAUGGCUAAUUGUGUUUUGAUCAGCCAAAGCUUACAAGCAGUAGUUGCAUCCACGGUGCUUCUAAACUAGGAAUUCAGGAUGCUAUAUAUUGCAAGGACUACAUCACCCAUUUUGCUUUCUGUAUCCGACAUCUUGCUGCUGCAUGUAUGUCUGAAUAUCUAGAUGUGUAUGAUUAGCCAAGGCACCAUGCCAGCGAUGGAUUGUAUGUAAAUGCGUGCCUAUGCAUCUCUAAUAUUAGGAUUUCAGCCUCAGUUGCAGAUUGUGUGCACAGUGCCAAUGAUGCACUGUCCUAACCUGGUAGUAAGUUCUUUGUGAAGGUCAUAGAAAGGCAUUUGCUGGUCUAUCUGUUGAUGAUGCCUGCUGCCUCAUUUGGUCUGCCUAUUGUGGUGGAUGGGAUGGUAUUGGUACUUGAAACCGUCAUAUUGGUGGAACUCCAUUCGGCCCACCAUUAAAGCAGGUCCACGUCAAGUGCAAUCCCAGUCCAAAUUGGGAAAAAAAUGUGGAGAGAGAGGAGGGAACUGAUGGAGUUUGGGCUGUUUUUGGAAUUUUGUCAUCUUGUCUCUUUGCUGCUGUUACCCUUGCUGAAGAGUACUAUUGUCAUAGGUUAACCAUUAUACCGGUUAACCAUUAUGCAAAAAUCAAAAACUGAAACCUACAACA